UUUCCAUCAGUGGCUCUGACCAGCUGGAACCACGGAAAACGCUGAGCAGGACCUAGCCUUUCGGUUCGGUGUGUUUUACGGAGUAUAUUAUGUCCUUAUUUAAUAUUGUUUCCAAAAUGAUGGAACAGAAGCCGAGUGAGGGGAACUCCAGGGAACUCCACACGAAGCAGGGGCAGCGUAGACCUUCCUUCUUUCUGCUCAAGCCCCCCUCGUUUUAGUCUGCUCAUUUCUCACGUUGUUCUUGUUCUUUCCUUUCCUUUUUCAUUGGUUUUUCUUCUUUUUCUUCUUUUUCUUCUUCUUCUUCUUCUUCUUCUUCUUCUUCUUCUUCUUCUUCUUAAUACCCCUUUUCGUCUAUACACUAUACAAUUCUAUACAAAUCAUAUUUACUAUUGUUGUACAUUUCGCCAUGCCUUCCCCUGUCGGUGUUGCCAUUGUAGGAAGUGGUAUUUUUGCCCGUGAACAGCAUCUUCCUGCUGUCCAAGAAACCGAUGACCUACAACUCAAGGCCAUCUAUUCCCGGUCUCUCAAAUCCGCACAAGAUCUUGCACAGAGUGCUUUGGGUACCGUUGAUCUCUAUGCUGAGGAUGCUGGUGCUGGAAAGCACUACUCCAACUUGUUGGCUCGAGAGGAUAUUGGGGCUGUUAUCAUAGCCCUCCCGAUUUUGGUCCAGCCUGAGUUCAUCAAGAAAGCUCUCCUCGCUGGGAAGCAUGUUCUCUCCGAGAAGCCCAUAGCUAAAGACCUUGCAACCGCCCAAGACCUUGUAAAAUGGUACCAGGCCAAUGUUGAUACCAGCACGGUCUCGUGGGCAGUUGCAGAGAAUUAUCGCUACUUCAGGAAAUUUCUGUACACUGCUGAGCAGGUGCAGAAGUUGGGCGCUGUGAAGAAUUUCCGUGUGAUCAACCAUACCAUGGUUAAGACGGAUUUCAAAUACUACCAAACAUCCUGGCGCAAAGUACCCGAGUACCAAGGCGGAUUUCUACUAGAUGGCGGAAUCCAUCUGGUCGCAGGUCUACGUCUAAUACUUGGUUCGGAUGAUCCAAUCGCAACGCUUUCUGCGCAUACUUGUCUGUUACAAGAGUAUCUCCCACCAAAAGAUACCGUUGACGCCAUUCUGAAGACCAAGUCCGGUGCGACAGGAGUAUUCUCAGCAUCGUACGGGUCGCCAUUCCAAGAUUUCGCAUUUGAGUUUGAUUGCGAGGGUGGUGUUGUGCAGCUGGGUAUGGACGGGGUUCUUGUGAAUGGAGAUUUCCACGAUGUCCCGUUCGAUGGCAAGGGCGUUGUCCAAGAGGUUGCGGGGUUUGCUGCUUCUAUCGCAAACAAGUCUCCGGUUGAUAAGAGACAAUCUCCAGAGGAGGCGUUGGCAGAUCUGGAAGUUUUGGAGCUGAUGCUGGUGAGUGGAGAGCAGAACGGUGAGAAAAAGGCGUUGAGCUUGCAGGUUUAAGUUGGAUAGAAUUAGGAGUAAUGUACAGCACUGUAGAUAUGCUAUCAUAAGGCAAUGUUUUCGGUAUAGCGUGUCGAUAAGGGCUGCGUAGCAA